AUGGUUGAAGUCGAUGCUGUUGCUUUCAAGCACCUAAUUCCGCGAGGCAGUGUGUCACCUUUGGACGUGGACGAGAGCAAGUUCUACCAGCCGUCGCGGGCGCAGUGGAGCCGCGUGCCGGGCAGAGAGACCGCUUGGCGACUGCGACCGAACUCCUACCUGUGGCUGCCAGCUGCGCAGCUCCCCUUCCCACCCGCCAACUUCCGGCGACACUUCGCUCUGCUCGUCACGCUGCGUCUCGACCCCAAGGCGAAGGCGGAAGGCACAGUGUUCAGCCUGCGCAGUCGCCGUCAGCAGGACAGCUACCUGUCGGUGGAGCUGGGAGGUCCGGAUGCCAUCAAAGUGGUGCACUCGGGUCGCAAUGGAACGCAGACCAUUCUAGUGCCGGCCUCGCUCACCGACGGAAACUGGCACUACCUUGCCCUCGGGAUUCAAGAUGACAGCUCUGUCCGGAGCUACGUGGACUGUCGAUGGGUGAGCACGGAUAUACUGAGAAGAAAUGAGCUGGAUACACCUGAUGAUGCUGAUCUAGUCAUUGGCUACCUUUUCUCGGGUGACUUGGAGCAACUGGUGAUUGUUCCCGAUCCUGGAGCCGUGUCGCAGCAGUGUUCAGCGACAAGGCAGCCGUCGCUCGAUCCCCUGCUCGAGGCAACGCGACCUCGUCGACCCUCGGCCUUUGUUCGCAAGGCACUACUUGCUGGCAACCAAUUCCCUGAUGUUGAUCGAACAAUCAGUGAGGUACCUUCGGAUAAGAAAGUGUUGCCAACUGCUCCGCCAUCCUCCGAAACCGACAGUUUGUCUUGGCAAGAUCUCGAGUCAGACUCAGCUGAAGAGGGAAGUGGUCUACACCCUGACUCAAACGACCAAUACGAGGUGGAGUGGUCUGAGUGGUCGCAAUGCGUGAGUGCUCGUGGUGAUGCGUGCGGAGGUGGCAGUGGCCAUCAGACUCGCUCUUCUCGCUGCGUGGACACUGGUGGCUGGCUUGAGCUCUGCCUCGAGUCGGGAGCUGAGCGAACACAGACUCGCGCAUGCGUAUUGCCAACUUGCAACACUACCAACAAUGGUGAGGGAACGACGAGCCGCUGCGGUGAGUGCCUGAACGGAGGCGUGUGCACGGCGGGGGCGGGAUCGGGAACGAAACGUCGUCCGUGCCGCUGCCGCGCCGGAUCCGGAGGUUGGCACUGUGAGCACUUCUCCUGCCAUCCGCGCUGCCUCAAUGGCGGAACCUGCGUCGCUCUCAACACGUGUUCCUGCAGCGCACUCUACCAAGGCACCCAUUGUCAAACACCCAUUUGUGACCCACCAUGUGAGAAUGGGGGGCAAUGCGUGGCUCCCCAACAGUGUCUGUGUCCUCCUGCAGCAUACGGAAACUAUUGUCAGAAUUUUACGUGCCGCGGAGGAUGUCUGAACGGCGGACUGUGCGUGGGCCCUGACCUGUGCGAGUGCCAGAACAACUCGACGGGGCCGCGCUGUGCCGAACCCGUCUGCGACCCGGCCUGUGAGAACGACGCUACCUGUGCCAAAGGCAACAUCUGUCUCUGCAAGCCACACACCUCCGGCACUCGCUGUCAUAUCAAGAAAUGUGACUACCGGCCAGUACAGGAGCCCUACACUCGCGGCUACAGGCGGCUGGUGAAGAAGCAUCUGCAGGCCAAGUGCGAGACUUGGACAUGGAAGACAUGUGUCAGAACUCUGCCCGAAUACCAGACCGUCUACAAGACCUACUAUCGCACUGUCUACAAGUGUGUCGACCAACUCUGAGCUCAUGUCCAACUGUAAAUCACCCACCAGCGAUCAGUCAACGAAUCAAUCCAUCCAACUAUUUGAUUCAUUUCCAACUCUUCCAGGCUGUUCAAUCAACUUCCCUCUCCCAUAUCACUAACGUAGAAAUUUUUCUCAAGCUGUAAAUUUAAAAUUUUAAAUAAUUUAUACUUUGUAAUAGGCCUAUACCGUAAUACUUUUUAAUGUAAUUUAUUAUUUUUUUAAAAUUUGUGAAAUAAUUUUAGAUUUCUUAUUUUAAAAGUCAAUAAUUGAGUUAGAACUUGGUUUCUUAGUUGAAUAAUUUUAAUUAAUAUCUCACAUAUUUUCAUUUUCAUAAUUAUCCAUCGUUUUGUAAAAAGUGUGCAAUAUUCACACACGUUUUUAUAUAAUCUCAUCCUAUAAUAAUAAAUAUAACUCAUAGUAACAAGAAGUCCAAUACAAGUUACAAGAAAAGGUUUUUUGUUCAUUUCCUAAAUUGUCAGGAUUCCCAUUAUUUCUUGUCUCAUUCUGUUCAUUGUUUGAGAUAAUAAUAACUUAAUAAUUGCUGCACAAUAACUCGCUAGAUUGUGGCCAUUUUCUGAGGAACUCUUUUGUUGAUCAUGUAUUACAAGACCAAAUCUGAUACCAAGCCUAAUCUGAUAUCAUUUUGCAAUACAGUGAAUAUUGUGGUUGAUGAUAAUCCAAUCGAUUGUAAUAUCUUUUCGAUGGAAACAGGCUUCCUCAAUAGUGGAAUUCUGUUAUCAUCUCCACACAUAAAUGAUAAUUCAAUUAAUACAUGCAUACAUAAGUCGAAUUCAAUCUUGUAAUGAGUGGGUACCAAUGAAUUUUCUUUAUUCCUACAUGUGGAAUUGCUUGGAAUUUUUGAAAGUUUUGAAUUAUUAAAAAAAUAUGUUUUCUCAUGAAGAAGUGAGCAAUUUUCAUUUUUAAGGAAUAGAAAGGCCAUUUAAACCUCUGGAAUCAAGGAUAUUUAAUCUUUCAAUACGAGGCCUGAAUAGAAGUGGAAGCAAAUAAAAAGUUGGCUACAAUCAAGAGCAAUUCAUUAAUCUCAAUGGAAAAAAAUCAAUUUUUGAAGAAAUAUUAUAUUAUUUAAAGUACCUAAUGAAAGUUUAUUUGAAGUUAUGAAUUCAUUGUUUGAUUAGAUUUAAUCACUAUUUAUUUUAAAAUGGUUUAAAUUUCAUCCAGAUUCAAGAUGAAUAAGAUUUUCUAUUUUGAUAGAGAUAGUGAAUCAACAUUACGGGCUUUGACAAUUUAAAAAUAAAUAUUACCUACUCUUGGGAGUACCUACACUAAACAUGCUAUGUUGUUUUUAUUGACUCAUUGUGCAGCAAGUAAUUCUUUUGAGUUUAUUUGUGGAAUAAGAUGGCAGGAUAUAAAAUUGAAAUUAGUUUUGCAAAGAAUGGAGCAGAUAUUAUAGCCUCCAAAUUUUCCAAAAUUUCCAUCAAUCUUUGAGUAUUUUAUAAAGUUAUGUAUUAUUACUUAGAAAAAUCAGUCUAUUCAUUAUUAUAAUUAUGGAAAUAACUUAUAGACAUUUGAAUUCAGAUUCAUUAGCCUACGGUUCUAUCAUUGCUUGAUUUCAUUCAAUAUCAGUAGUAAGUGGUGUAUAGCCUACAUUUUCUCGAAUUCAAUUUACCUACACAUCGACUGUAACAUUCAAUCGCAAUGAAAACAUUAAAUUGAUGGAAUCAUUAUAUUAUUUUCAGUUUUAUUCAACAAUUCCGUUGUGAUACUAUUAGGAUCAAUUAUACUGCUGUUAACGAUUAUGUAUGAUAGCUGAACAGUGAAUGUAUUUUACUAUAAUGAAUAUUGUGGUGGAAAGAGUCGAAGCGUGCUGAGAUUUGAGCAUAUUAUUUAAUAAUUUUUAGUAACUAAAAAAUGAUCAGUAUAAUUUUUUAUAACAACUAUACAUUUUUAUUACAACUGAAUUUCCGUUUUAUAAAUUAAUAAAAAACUAAGUCCUGGGUGACAAGACUAAACAUCAUUCGAUCUGUAUUAUCAUACAUUUAUAUCCAAUUGAACUUUCAUGGAAAACAAUUAUUUUAUAUAAUAUUCAAUUAAAAUAUAUUAUUUUAAUAUCGAAUAAUUUAUUAUGAUAUUUAUUUAUUCAAGUAUCAUAUUAUUGUACAUAGCAAAUUAUAUAGACAGUACCUAUCUUGAUAGGGUAUAGAAAUGUUGAAUCUUCAUUCUUGUUUCUUUAAAUAGUAUUAUAUACAGUAUAAUUAAAGGUAGAGUAACUUCACUUUUGUGGAGUUGUAAAUUUCUUAAUAGCAUUUAUGUGGGAUUUCAGAAAAGAGGGAGUGAGUCUCUUGAUAAUAUCAUUCACAACAUGAGCCGCCCAGAAUAUUCAUAUCUACAAUGUCAAAAAAUAUUAAAGUUUUUCUAUAGUGGAACACAAUUUUAUAAACUUUAUUAACUAUAAAGUUCAUGCAUUAUCCAUUGCAAACAUCCUCACCAGGAUACCUAUUAUAUCUCAAUUCUAUACCAUAUCUCUCUUAAGUCAAGAAUUCUCCAAUCAAGUACUUCAGUAGAGAAAAAUUUAGAUUCAAGUGUGGAAUUAGUUGAUUUAUUAGUUGAAGAUGGUAUAUGAUAGAGAUGGUUAUCUUCAAUAACAUACGGUACUGCAGACAUUGAUACCAUUUUAUCAACACUCCCUGAUAGAAUUGAUUAACAGUUUUAGAUAAAGUUAAGCUGCAUAAAAUCAUGAUGAAUAGAACUGAAUUCAGUAAUUAUCAACAAUACCAAUACAACGUUGUCAAUAUAAUUUGGUUUUAAAAAUCUCAAUUUAUUAUAGAUCUAUUAUUAUGAAGAGGAGAUCAAUGAUAAGUAUAAUCUUUGGAGCAAGGUACCUUAGGAGCUAUAUUGUCAGAUUGUCACAUAAGAUAUAGGCUAUAUUUCAAUGUCACAAUAUAUUGGAAGAGCAAUACCAUAUUCUUAUUGUUCAUCAAUGUUUUGUAAAUUUGAGUUGAAUUUCCUGAUAAAUUCAGUCUAGAUAUCGAAGAUUUGGUUACAGAAUGAUAUUUAAUAAGAUGAAACUAUUUUUAAGUAGAAUUCAUCAAGGCUCAUAUUUGAAUAAAACCCUGAACCUCAACUCUUCCAUUCAUUUACAUGUACAGGUAUUUGAAAAUUAAAUUUAUUUAAAAACAUGACAUGACAUUAUGACUGAAUGUCAGUUGAGCAUUUUGUUUGAUGUAGAGACAUUGACUAUCAGUAGCUUUGAAACAAUAAAAGCUGUUCUUGACUUUAUUGCUAUUAACAAUAAAUAUUUCUACUUUAUUGGAGCAAGUACCUAUCGUGAUUACAACUUUGGUCCUGAAACUAGAUAUUUAGUACCAAGCCUAUAGAUCCACUAAAUCUAAUAAUUUCAACCAAACACUUUUUUUGAAUAAUGCUUAUGUAGGCACAAUAGCCACUCUUAAUAGUUUACUCUUAUUUACAUGGUUAUAUUUUUCAUCGAAAAAAACUCUAAAAAGUUGUAAACAUUCUCUGAAUUCAGAUAUUCCCAUUUGAACGAAUAAAUCAUUCGUAUAUUUUAUUGAUUGUGGAUGAAAUAUUCAGAGACAAACAUUUAUGUCAUAAUGAUAAAUACGAAUUCAUUCUACAAGAAAAAAAUACUAGAAAAUAUCUCAUACAUCUGAAAAAUCUUGUAGUAUAUCUAUGGUUUAAAAUAGAUUCAUUGUUUAUUGUAACAUCGUGAUGCUAGAAAUGUGCUAAUUGGAUAGUGAUGUUCUCCAGCAUAGCGUAAGCUAUGCUAAGAAAUAUUAGCAUAGUGAACUAUAAGUUACUGUUAUUAUAUUUUCAAGCAUUUAUUCCAUAAUACGUAUUUUUAAUGAGUAUUGUACGUUGUCAUUAUAUUGUUAAGAAAACUAGGAUUUAUCUAUAAAGAAAAACAAUGUUUUAUGAUAUUUUAUUUAAUUUCGUAACGUUUAAAAUAAAAAUAUUAUUACCAG